AUGCUCCAGGCCGGGUCGACGGGGACGGUGCCCUGCACACCAUCCUUGAAGGGGGGCAGGCCGAAUGCCUCUGGCCUGAAGUCGAGCAGGGAGGCAAGCGUGGUUAUGCCCUGGCGUCCGAAGGUCCGCGCAUUCCGAGCGGCGCUCCCCGUGUCAACCUGCCGUGAGGUCGGGUGA